AGGCCAGAGUUCUCGGCUCUCCGGGGCCGGAACGCAUCUCUGGAGAGGAGACCGAGCAGCACCCUCUUCUCUUGAGCCAGGUGGCAGACAUGGAGGAGCUAAUGAUCUGGGAGCAGUACACUGUAACUCUCAGUAAGGACCCCCGCAGGGGCUUUGGGAUCGCCAUCUCCGGAGGAAGGGACCGGCCCAGUGGGGCGAAUAGAGAUGUCUCCGUCGUGGUGUCGGAUGUGGUGUCUGGAGGACCAGCAGAUGGGAGGCUGCAAACAAGAGAUCACAUUGUCAUGGUGAAUGGCGUUUCCAUGGAGAACGUGUCCUCUGCAUUUGCCAUCCAGACCCUCAAGUCCUGUGUCAAACUGGCAGACAUCACAGUGAAGAGACCCCGAAAAAUCCAGCUUCCAGUCACCAAAGCUCACCAACACAGCAGCUCUCCCCCCUCUGGCCUUACCCCGACUACCCACCGCUACGACUCCGAUGAGGAGUACAGCCCCCGGGGUCGAGGGUCGUCUCCACAGAGCCGGGGCCGCUACAGUGGGCACCAGCCCCCAGACGAUGUGGAUCACAACCGUGGCUAUGAUGGCGACUCAUCCAGCGAGAGGAGCUCCGGCCAUUACCGUGAUGAGCGAUCCCGCCGAAACAAGGGAGGGCGGAGGAGCCGGGCCGGGAGCUACCGGAGGCGGAGCAGCCAGGACAGUGGCUCGGAUCGGACGGACCCCAGCUGGCGUCACUCCAGCUGUGACCAAGAUGACGAGACUGAAGGUCUGGCUUUGGUGUCCGGCUUCAAAAGGCUGCCCCGCCAGGAUGUGCUCAUGAAACCCAUGAAGUCCAUCCUGGUGAAAAAGAAGGAGAGCGAAGAGUUUGGCUUGAAGCUAGGGAGCCAGAUCUACAUCAAGCACAUCUCAGAUACAGGACUGGCUGCCCAGAAAGGCUCUCUGCAGGAGGGAGAUCUUGUCCUGAAGAUCAAUGGGGUCUCCAGUGAGAACCUGUCCCUGAUGGACACCCGGCAGCUAAUUGAAAAGUCAGAGGGUGUACUCACCCUACUGGUCCUACGGGACAACCGUCAGUUCCUGGUGAACAUCCCCCCGGUGCUGAGCGAUAGCGACAGCUCCCGCUUGGAAGAUAUUUCGGACAUUGGCUCUGAGCUAUCACAAGCACCGCCGUCCCACGUGCCUCCACCGCCCCAUGGCAACCGCUGGAGCGACUCCCCUCAGGAGGGGUGCCGGCUGCAACAGGAGAAGUCUGUGGAGUCAAGAGAUGCCCAGGAGACCCACGGGAAGAGGAGUUUUGACCAUACCUGUCAAGGUCCCGGUGGCAGAGAGGAUGAUGGAUACUGCCCUGACACCAAAGUUGUACGCUUCGCCAAGGCUAAGAGCAUCGGGCUCCGGCUGGCAGGGGGCAAUGAUGUGGGCAUCUUUGUGUCAGGUGUGCAGGAGGGGAGCCCUGCAGAUGGCCAAGGCAUUAAGGAGGGGGACCAAAUUCUUCAGGUGAAUGACACGGCCUUCCAGAACCUGACACGGGAAGAGGCGGUGAACUAUCUUCUGAACUUGCCUCCUGGGGAGGAAAUGGUGCUGCAGACUCAAUGCAAGCAGGACAUCUACAGGAAGAUGAUCAAAUCGAACGUGGGCGACUCCUUCUAUAUCCGCACCCACUUUGAGCUGGAGCCGAGUGAGCCCUCAGGCCUGGGCUUCACCCGAGGAGAGGUUUUCCAUGUGGUCGACACCCUGUACCGGGGCAAGAUGGGCAGUUGGUUGGCCAUGCGCAUGGGCCGAGAGCUGCAGGAGAUGGAAAAGGGCAUCAUCCCCAACCAGAUCAGGGCAGAGAACCUUGCCAACCAGGAAGCAGUCCAGCGGGCCAUGACUGCCCAGUCAAGCUCCUCCGGGGCCCGGGCCGAGUUCUGGAAGUUACGUGGCCUCCGCGGAGCCAAGAAGAACCUGCGCAAGAGCCGAGAGGACCUCUCAGCCCUCACUGAGCAGGGCCAUUACCCUCCCUACGAGCGAGUGGUGCUGAAAGAAGCGAGCUUCAAGCGUCCCGUGGUGAUUUUGGGUCCCCUCGCAGACGUGGCAAUGCAGAAGCUGAGUAUCGAGAUGCCCGAUCAAUUUGAAGUUGCCGAGACUGUGUCUAGGGAAGGGGGUCCCUCGAAGGUCAUCAAGCUGGACACGGUCCGAGUGAUUGCUGAGAAGGACAAGCAUGCAUUGCUGGAUGUCAUUCCAUCAGCUGUGGAGCGGCUCAAUUAUGUGCAGUACUACCCUAUCGUGGUGUUCUGCAAUCCUGGCAGCCGGGCGGAGGUGAAGGCCCUGCGCCAGUGGCUGGUCCCCACCUCCAAGAAGAGUUCUCGACGGCUAUACACUCAGGCCACCAAGAUGAGGAAGUACUGCAGCCACCUCUUCACAGCUACCGUUAACCUCAGUGGGAACAACAAUAUUUGGUACGAAGAUCUGAAAGACAUCAUCAAGACCCAGCAAUCCAGGCCCAUUUGGACGGCUGAAGACCAGGUAGACACCUCAGAGGAGAAUCUGGAACUGCCCCACCAGAAUCUCGGGGGCAGCACUGACUACCUGAGCUGCGACAGCCGGGCCAACAGCGACUACGAGGAGACCGAUGGGGAGGGCGGGGCCUUCACGGACAAUGACAUGGAUGAAGAGCCCAGAGAGCCGGCGCUGACCCGGUCUUCGGAGCCGGUGACCGUGAAUGAAGCGGAAGGCCAAAGGGAGCAGUCGAUGGUCUCCUUGGCACACACCACACAUCAGGUGGAAGACCAUCCCUCCCAUAUUCAAGACCACCGCCCCCAGGGCCAGUGGAGGCCAGAUCAAAGCAUCAGGGCCUAUGAGCACGAGGCACUGAAGAAGAAGUUCACUCGCGCAAGAGCGUACGAUUCCGACGAGGAUGAUGGCUAUGACUGGGGUCCCGCCACUGACCUGUGAGCCCGGGCUCUCUGCCGCUGAGGCCCACUGCUUCCCAGGACCUACACUGCUCCUCCCUGGGGAGGGGAGUAGGGGAAAACGUUGUGGCUUGAAAAGCCCUACUUCUGCAACAGUCUUGGGGUGGGGUGGGGGGGUGUCUGCAUGGCAGGCCUGCUCUCCGUUCCGGUUCGGAGGUGUCUCAGCUUAGACCACGGGCUGCUAGAAAUUGACCUCUUGACCUCCUUUGCCCCUAUCCCAGGCCUCCAGCCAACUUUCCUCUCAUCCUCCUCCUUCCACUGCUGAAGCUUGGGUCCUGACCCCUAUC